CUGUUCACUCUGUCUGUUCACAGGGUGGGAAACAACCAAAUUACCCCAAACCGAAAACACAAUAAAGUCUUCUCACACCUUUUUGACCCUCCCUCCAUCUUCAGACAACAUGAUCCCCCUGAAACUGUUGGGUUCCUUCUGGGUUCUGGUUGCUGUUGCUUUUGCUGUUCCUGCUCAAGAGAAGCGCAUCCAUCACCACGCUGAUCUGAGUGACCAUGCCCAUGAUGACAGUCAUGGAUUUCAGUAUGACCAUGAGGCCUUUCUUGGUAAGGAGGAGGCCAAGACCUUUGACCAGCUGACCCCCGAGGAGAGCAAAGACAGACUGGCGAAGAUUGUGGAUCGUAUUGACAUAGACAAGGAUGGAUACAUCAACCAUUCUGAGCUGCACUACUGGAUCAAGCACCGUCAGAGGAGAUACAUUGAGGAUAAUGUGAAUAAACACUGGAAGGACUACGACAAGAACCAGGAUGACAAGAUAGCCUGGGAAGAGUACAAAAACACCACCUAUGGCUACUAUCUGGAUGAAGAGUUUGAUGACGUUGACGACAAGGCCACCUAUAAAUCCAUGCUUGCCCGAGAUGAACAGCGCUUCAAGUCAGCUGACCGUGACCAGGAUGGUAUUGCCACUCGUGAGGAGUUCACUGCCUUCCUUCAUCCUGAGGAGUUUGAUUACAUGAAACACAUUGUAGUGCAGGAAACUAUUCAGGACAUUGAUAAGAAUGGGGAUGGUAAGAUCGACCUGGAUGAAUACAUCGGUGACAUGUACACACCAGAAAAUGGAGAGAGUGAGCCUGAAUGGCUUCAAACAGAACGCAAGCAUUUCUCAGAGUUCAGAGACGUAAAUAAGGACGGCUUCUUGGAUGGCGAUGAGGUGGCUCAGUGGGUUUUGCCUGGAGAAGUCGACCAUGCGGACAAUGAAGCCAAACAUUUAAUCCACGAAACAGACACUGACAAGGAUGAGAAAAUAACCAAAAAGGAGAUUCUGGCCAACUGGAACAUGUUUGUUGGCAGCCAGGCGACCAAUUACGGGGAAGAUUUAACAAAGAGACAUGAUGAACUUUAAUGAGCGAUCAUGUGUUUAAUAGCUUAUUUGAUAUCAUGCACAAAUAUGGAACAUCUUGGUGCAGUGGUUGGGUUGGGGGUAGACUUGGUGGGACUGUGGGAUCAAGCGUUCAGUUGUACAGUUAAGACUGGAUUUUUACCUGACUUACUGCAUUCAAACUCAUUGUUUCUAUGAUUUCAAUGGAGUAUAUUCCAUCUUUUAACCUGUCAGCUCUAUCCUGAUGAUGGGAAAGCUCAGAAAAAUACCAGGGAACUUUUAAUUUUAGCAUUUAUUUAUGUUACUACCUCAUUAGAGGAUUCAAAUUCUAUAUAGACUUUUGGGAUUCCCAUUGAAUUGUUUCAGUUGAAGCCCUCCACCAGCUUUGCACACACUGUGCAAAAAUUGUAGCCCAUUCCUUCUUUAAAUCUCAUUACAGUAAAUCAGGUUAGGAGUCCUUAUAUGAAUGCACUGUUUCAGUUCAUUCCACAAAUAUUCUUUUGGAUUAAGGUCAGGACUUUGUGAUAGCAGCUCCGAACCUCCCAGGCUGCUUAAAGACACGAUGCAACCCAGCAAGUGAUUUACUAAAUAAAGUAGUUCAAUUUGACUGGCUUUAUUUAGUUAUUAAUUUACAGAGGAAAUGCAUAUUGAAAUGUAAUGCUGAUUAUGAGAAUCUGAGUUUGACUGUCUUAAGCCAGAGUGAAUAUAAACUUCCAACCUCAACUGCACCCCUGUCCACACACAUGCACACACCUUCAGUUUGCAUACACAGACAUCAUUUAUCUUUAGCAUACAUACUGUGUAUGUAAGUACAGAUAAUACUGACACUCACAGACACAGUUGUUUACAUGAAUAGUGUUUUUUGUUUUGUUUUUUUAUAUUUUCUUGUGUGCCCAUCCUCAUACGCAGUCUAUUUCUCUUGUCAUGUAAAAUCGUGUUUUUUAAAAUCAAAUAAUGUUUUAUAGUCACUGCCAUUCAAGACAUUGGGAUGCCACUUGCCUUAAUGCCUUAAAGGUUACUUUUAAAACAUAAAAACCACCAGCAACUUCAGCGCUUCACAGAUUUAACAGAAACACACGUUUCCAUAUUUCUAUCAGUGGUAUAGGAUAAUGACUUUGUUAUGUACAGUUUUGGGUUUGGCUCUGAAAUAAAGUCUUGUUUUUCUACAAA